AAAGAUCUCGAGUUUCGUUUUGUAGGUUUUCCGUACGAAAAAAAUAUUUUUAACGGAUAUUUUUAGUCACUUCGUCUCUCUCUCUCUCUCUUUAAGGGGAGAAAACAGAUCAGUUGUUUUGUUUGAGUGAAGAAAUUUAAAAGACUUUUUUUAACCGUUGCGUUUGUUUAGAUAAUUGUUAUCACUCUUUUCACACCAUCACCAACAAAAUGGCGGACGAAGCACGGGCCAAGUUUGAGGAUAAGGAGCGCAAGAAGAAGGAGAUCCGGGAGAGAUUGGAGGCUCAGAUGAAGUCGACAAAAGCCAAAAAAGGUUUUAUGACACCCGAACGCAAAAAACGAUUGCGGCAAUUGUUGCGCCGAAAAGCUGCCGACGAAGUCAAACGCCAGCAGGAGAUGAAGGAAAAAGAGAGAAUGAAAGUCAUCGCUCAGCGGACCGGAACCGCCAAACAAACGGCCGACGCAAAUGAGGCCUCACUGAUUGCCAUCUGUAAAGAGUAUUACAAUCGGAUCUAUAGACUCAAUGAAGAAAAAUGGGAUCUCGAGCUGAUUACGUGCAUCAAAGAGUACGAGAUCAAUGACCUGCAAUCGCGGGUAAACGACAUGAGAGGCAAAUUCAUUAUACCGCCGCUCAAAAAGGUGUCCAAAUACCAGACUCAGAUGGAAAAGAUGCGACAGUGGACCUACAAGUUGGCCAAAAUGGAUCUGAAAGGCGGUCUGAAACCGGUAAAAAAAGAGAUCGAUUUGGGCGAAAAAGAAACGCCGAAGACCGACAAACCCGAUUGGGUGGCCGGCGCUAAAUAGUGAUCGGAGCGGGGCCGGGGGGGGCGGACAGCGCGGGUGGACAGAGGAUGGAUGGGUGUUUGUGUGUGUGUGUGUGUGUGUGAGAGAGGGGGGACAGUCGUGUUGUUGUUGUUGGAAGUUUCGUUUGUUUUCGAUGGGAUAUUAAAAAUAAUUAUUAUAUAUAUAAUAAUGUAUUAAUAAUAUUAAUUAAUAAUAAUAAUAAAAACGAGUUUUAGUUA